CCAUCUUUGAGAUCGAAAACAAAAAGAAAACAAACUUGUAGUUUAUUGCACAUUUUCAGACAUCUAAGCCUUAAUUUCGAAUCAAAAUGUGGAAUAACCAAGGAGGAGGGUUCGACGGAGGUGGAGGUGGAUUCCAGUCGCCUGGUGGAUUCGGAACUCCGCAGCAAUCUCAAGAGAAAAAGGGAGCCAGGUCCAGAGCUCAAAACAUUUUGCCCUGCACUGUUGCCCAAGUUUUCAAUGCAACUCAAAAUGAAGACAAAUUUUUCACAGGAGAUACUGAAAUGUUACAAAUUACCAUUGUUGGAUUGGUGAGAACAGUGAAAGAGACCCAAACUCGAAUAGAUUAUGAAGUUGACGACAUGACAGGGCCACCAAUCGAAGUCAAACAGUUUGUUGACAACGAUGACAGUGUGCCUGAAGAUGAAAGAGUUCCAACUAUGAGAGAAAAUACUUACGUUCGUGUCAGCGGCCAUGUUAGAUCAUUUGGUGGCAAGCGGAGCAUCGUGGCUUACAAAAUGGUGCCUGUCUUAGACAUGAACGAAUUAUCCUGUCAUAUGUUAGAGAUCAUACACAGCCAUCUUGUUUUGACCUCGUCACCAAUCACGAUGUCGGCUACAGGCGAUGCUGGUGGUAACAUCGGAGGAGGAGGAAUCAUAGGUUUAACGCCAAUUCAAAACCAGAUUCACCUGAUUAUUAAAAACAACCCCUCAGAAACUGGUGCCAAUGUGAUGUCCGUCUGCCAGAAUCUGAAAGGAAUUCCAGUGAAAGCUGUCAAAGAUGCCAUUGAUUUCCUAAGUAGCGAAGGUCACAUUUACUCAACAAUAGAUGAGGAUCAUUAUAAAGCAACUGAUGGUUAAAAAGGACCUUUGAUGUUAAUUUGUCGUGUAUUUGCCAGUCGUGUCCAACAAGAACAUUUAGUCAUCAGAGAUUGCCUGUGUACUACAGUGUGCUACAGAUCGUAUUGUUUUGUAAAAGGGGCCCUCACACCAGUUGCGUAUUGUUGCGAAUAAUGAAAGUGGUCAUGACCACUCACCUCACAACUGAGGUUGCGUUCUAAACUUAUGACUGUUAUUCUUAUUGGCAAUCAUAUGCAACUGGUGAUAGUUAUGGGUUGUAUUAUACUUGUUAAAAUAAUGUAAAAUGAUUUGAAAAAGAUGAUGGCUUCAUCCAAUGUAUUAAAUAUGUUAUUUUCUAA